AUGUUGACCGUAGAAAAACUUUGGGCCCAACCGCUUGGUGAAGGAAGUUUUGGGGUUGUAUGGAAGGCUUUGCACAAGGUGACUGGUGAGAUUGUUGCAAUUAAGCAACUGAAGAAUGAGGUAUCGAGGUUGACUUCAUGGGAGGAGUUUCUCCAAAUGGUGGAAGUUGAGUAUCUGUCUCAGUUGAAGAACCACCCAAAUAUUGUCAAUUUGAAACAAGCUUUCAUGGAAGUUGAUGGCACGGCUUCCCUUGUCUUUGAAUUCAUGGAGGGCAACAAUUGGAUUUUUGCUCUUUCCUUGGCCUUCAACCUCACCAAUUUGAAGAGUAAAGGCUACCCAAAUGAGGAAUUAGGUGGGCAAGAGAAGAGUAGAACUACCCAAGAGAAAGGGAACUCAAAUUUGGACUUUUAG